UUCUCUUACCACACUUUCCUAGUCAAUCCCUGGUUCAUUCAUUAGUUGAUUCACUCUUGAACUCUGUUGUUUAUUACUCUAAAUCUUUAUUCAGUUAAACUGGUUUUUUAUGUUCAAGUAAAGUCAACUGUUUCAUCUCAAUAUUUGCUGUGUCUUUCAUCAGAUGAUCAUCACAAUUGAGCAGCAAAAUGCUCUUUACAAUCUGUACAAGUUUACCUUUAUAACUGCCUGAAACCUUGUUCUUGGUGCAUCAAACCCAAACUGAUAUCUUUUCAUUCCUCAGCCCUUAUCUCCUGGUGUUGCCAGAUAAAUCCACUUAAACUUGACCCAUUAUUACAAGAUGAACUCAAUGUUUUAUCACGGCUGUUUGAUUUCAUUUGAUUCCCUGUCAAUUUACAUGAAAUCUGCAAAAGAAAUGUUCAAAUCAACAUUCAUUUUACAUUAAACUGAUUGACUUGAAAAGGUCAGACCAAACGAAGACCAAAGACAAAAAUAUCAUUCAAUUUAUCAACUGAUUGUUCAAAAAUUAUUGAUGCCGAACAAGUUUAUCGACGUUCUUUCCUCAUUCCUUCCGACAAUGUUUCUUGUCUGUAAAUUUCACCAAUACAAACGCCAGCAACAAGAAUCAAACAGGAAAAAGAUAACCGAAAAAGAGUUAUCCCAUUUGAACCAUAAAAUAGAUAAGUUGUUGAAUAAAUUGGAGGAACAUGAUUCAGAAUUGGCUUCAACUCCUGAUGAAGAGUGUGUCAUUUGUAUAAGUGCCAAAGCGACAAUGCAAACUUUUCCUUGUGGUCAUCGAGUUGUUUGCCGUAAAUGUUUUGUUAAAACUAUCCAGGUUGCUGUUAGUCAGAGACUGCUUCCUUUGAGGUGUGUCAUUUGUCGAGCCAAGAUAUUGCGAUUGAAACAAACGAGCCAAGGUGGAAUCGAUACUGGAACUGUUCUGAGAAAUCAUGUAUCUGCAGUUGGAGGUCACCAUCAUCAUCACCAUCACCACAGCAGGUCAUCGCUGGUAACUUCUCCUUCACCUUCAUCAUCUUCUUCCAGUACAACGGGUUCUAUCAACUCACCUUUAGGCAACAAUCCAUUUUUCAUUUCACCCAUAACAAGUCCAGUCUCUCCAGUUACCGAAGUAUUUCGAGAGCAACGGGCUGUCUGGGCACGUAACUAUGAUUCAUUUGGUUACGAGGUUACUGGUCAAAGUCCUAUUUCAGCAGCUUCAUCGCCCAUUGUUAGUACACCAACAGUAUCUUCCGAGUCCAGUUUGUUCAAAACUGACCUUAACCUUGGCUCAGGUUGUGUCCUUCAUAAACAUUGCAUCUGCAAACAUUCAAUAAACGGAAAUGAUGAUGAAACCAACAGCUCAGGAACUAGCUCUUGUUCAACUCGAAAUUUAUCAGCCAAAAUUUGCUCACCGUCAACUUCAUCAUCACCAUCUUCUUCAAAGAGUCCAUCAAUUAUUUCCGGUUUUUUACAGUCUUCUUUUGCUGCUUCAUCUUCAAAUACCUCUGUAUCAUCGCCAUUGCUCUCAAGCUCAUAUACUGACCAGCCUCAUCAACCUGACUCAUCAACCUUAGUAACUUCUCCUUCUCCUUCGUCUUCAUCUCCUUCCUCUUCCUUCACACCCAUUUGUCCAACUGCUCCUAAUCCUUGGCAAUUCCAAAUCAAUCGAAAGAGACGCCAUCGAUUAGCUCAUCGACGGAGACGAGGACAUUAUGUGCCUUCGGGUCGACCGACUUCUCUGCUACUGCCUAUCGAUGAAAAAGAUGAAUGGCAUGAAGAAAGUUGCACCGAUGAAAUGGUUGCUCAUAAAAGCUCAUCUUCCAUGGCUGGUUUUGCACCAUCUUUCUUGACAUCCUACAAUUAUCGAUCAAAAAGGAAACAAUUAAAAGAAAAGUUAUCCUCUUCAAGAAAUGGUGAUAAUGGUGAAGAGGAAGAUGAGAACAAAGAAACUGAGAAAUUAGGUGCUACUGGUCACAAAGAAGUCAAUGAUGAAAAUGAUUAUCAUUACAGUGAUGAUGAAGUGAGUUCAGAGGAGGAGGAGGAGGAUGAUGAAGGGGAAGAAGAAGAGACAGAGAAUAAUGAUGUUGGUCUGAUGUACGAGGAGACAUCAUUAGAUGAAGAAAAAAAUGAUUCAAGACGUGAUUCAGUUAAAUUUUUAUUGGACACUUCUCAGACUCGAUCAUCAAUACCCUCAUCAUCACCAAUAAAUCAUUUCACCAGCUCUUCCAGACUUUCAAAUGCUUUCAUGAAGGCUAAAAAUCUAGUUUCAAAGGGUAAAUGGAGAAACCAUUAGUUGAUUACAUUUAAAUUGAACAGUGAAUCGCGAGGUAAAACAAAAAGCAGCCCAGACUUAGAAGUACACUUAACUCUUAACAGUUAAUUAAUCAACUCUUGUAAAAUCUCUAUUAUGUUUAACCCCUUAAAUCCACUAUUAAUUCAUCUUAUCAUUUGAUUUCUUCCAUUACAGCAAGUUAACCGAGACUGUCAUCUUUUAUCAUUUGAUUGGCAAUAUAAUGUAUCUAUUGAGUUAAUUGAGAGGGAUAAUUUUAUGAUAAUCAGGGAGGAGACAAAUAGUCAAGAAUCAUAAUAAUAAUGAUGAGUGCCUUUCCUUUUCGAAUCACAAUAACUCAUCUUUCCAUGUAACUUUUCCCACCAAUUCAAUCUCAUUUUCUGACAUAAUCAAUCUUUCAAAAUGUUUCCUCAAAUUUAAUUGAAGCAGAUUUUGUGUGAAAACAAAAACUUCAAUUAAUCACCUUCACUCUUCAGCUUUAAUCAAAAGAUAAUCCUGAUUUCACAGUUGAUUAUUUCAUUAUUAUUUUCAGUGUGAAAAACCCAAACUUAGCAGCCUGUCAAAUGAAUCAGUAAACAUAUCAUGAAACGAAAAUUUCUAGUAACACAAUGAGGAAGGAAAAACAAGCAAAUUUCAACUCAUUUCCAGUCCAAUAUUGAUCCAGUAACUUAUCGAUCCAGUAACACCGUUUCACUCUGCCUUUUUAGUGUCUUUGACCUUUUCACAAAAAAAGAUUUCUUCAUGUUUACAUCGAUAAUCAAAUCACUCGAAUGUCGAUUGUUAUUGAAGUUGCUCACUCAAUUGAUAAUUUACAGAUUAUUUUUAACCCGAUUAAUAUCGACUAAUCAGUCCAGUUUUACAUUUGCUUCAAACUGCUGUAAAUUGCUGUUAACAGGGAAAACAUUAUUUUUUACAUGUUCCUCAAUCUGAAUUCAAAUCAUUGAAAAUAGUUCUGACAAAAAGAUAGCAAUAAUCAAAUCAACCUUUUCCUUCAACAAUCCACUUUCAAGUUGAAUCAUUUUUUACUCCAAGUUUACUCGUUAUUAUUGAUGAUUGAUAAAUUUAAUUGUCAGUAAAAUUGCUCUAGAAAUGAAAAUAAAAGUCAAUCAAUCCCAAUAUUCACUCUCAAUCAAUAGAUAGUCCGAUUAACUAACAAUGUAAUGCAAGAAAUCAAUUGGUUAUUUAAGUUACCCUUUUUCAUCAAACCAAUCAACUAUUACAAUGAUUUUAGUUGUUUUUACCCAAAUUAAUUAGGUUAACAGCCUUUCCCUCCAAGUCAACCUUAUUCAUUUUACAUUAAUUAUUGCACAUUUUAUCCAAACAUUCAACCUUUUUCACCAUAUUUCUCACUGCUUUUCAAAAUCGAUCUCAACUAAUCAAUGAAUCGAUCCUCAUGAUCAGUCAGUAUAAACUACUCAACAAGAAUAAUCAAUCUGGUGAAAUGAUUCCUCUUCAAUGUUCUGAUCACUAGACAUUCAACAAAAGGCAAGACAUUAAUGACAUUAUGUUGCCCAAAAUUUGCCAAAAUUUAAUGUCAAACAUCACUAAUUAAUAUCAUUUGGUCGCUCCUCUUCCGUUCGUCUAAUCUGGUUGCCUGGUUCAAUAAUUAUUUGGAUUAUUUCAAGGGAAAGGGACAGCAAGAUUCGAGUCAACCUUUUGAUCAAGAAAAUGAUGUCCAUUUGGAUUCAGUGUCAUGAUUAUGACCAUUGAAGCUUUAUUCAUUAUCAUCUUAAACAAUCAACAAAAUCAACUUUCAAUUUAUCUUUCAUCUUAUAAAGAACUUGAAAGAUCACAAAAUAAAUGAAACUAAACAUCAACUAAUUCAUUGAGAAUAGUCAAUAUUUAAAUAAUGUUAUUAUGAUUCUAAUAGUUUGAGUUGCAAUUUAAAAUGUUAUUGAUGAUUGAAUGUUAAUAAUGUUAGUUAAUCAUGAGAAAUCAUUGAGAAACUAAAUGAUAUUUAACAAUAAUCUGAUUAUGAAUUAUUUGAUUGAAAUAAUGAAUGUAAAUAAAGAUUCAAAUAAUUUGAAGUGAAAAAUGAGGGAAGA